GUCAAGCGGCAUCAGAAGGCGAUGCAGGAUGCGCAGGAGAAGCUCGCCAAGAAAAGGGAGCAGCUCGAGGUCGCAAAGGCCAAGGAGUCGGAACUCAAGGUGCAGGACGUCUCCAUCAAGGGUAAAGGCUUCCUCACGGCGAUGCAGAAGCAGUACGAAUGGGCCGUCGAAGGAAGCGGCAUCAGCAAAGAAGAGCACGAGCACGUGUUCGCAGCACUCGCCAGGGUGCUGGACAACGUCAGGGAGGAGCCCAAGGAGGACAAGGACGGCAUGGACACUGAAGAGGCGCAGCCAGAAGUGGACAAGCAGGACGCGAGCAGGGACCUCAGCUGUCGCCAGAACAAGAGUGGCUACACGCAGGUGGGGGUGCCUGAGGAUGCCAGCGAAGCACAGCGAAAGAGGCAUCGCCAGAACAAGUUCGAGAGCAUCACCCUGUGGACGUUCAACGGCUCGGGGUGGGGUACCCUCAAAGAGAGGAUCGAGAACGCAGAAGGGGGCCUGCUGCAGUGCUAUGCAGUGCAAGAGCAUCGCCCCACGGGCGACAAGAUCGCGGUCGUGUCGCAGAGCAUGAAGGCGAAGGGGCACCAGUUCGGCGGGGUCGAAACGAACCCGACGAUAGGUUCAGGUGGAGAAGCAGGCACCUCGGCGGGCGUGGCGGGCGUGGCGCCCAGGUGCAUCGGCAUGACGUACAUGUUCGGCAAGGAGAAGUGGGACUUGUCACCGCGGAACAGCCCAGGGAGGGCUGCAGCGGCAUGGCUAUCGGUCGGCAAGGGUAUCAUCUACGCGACGGUCUACCUGUGGACGGCAGAGGGGAUGUCGUUCAGGAACGCGGAGAUCAUCAACAAGAUGAUAUGCCAGUUGGAAGCGCUCGGCGUGCCGUGGAUAAUCGGGUGCGAUUUCCAAGUGGCGCCUGAGAAGAUGACGGAGGUGGAGAGCGUCAAGAUGGCCAAGGCGCGGGUAGUCGCGUCAGGGGCCAGCUGCGUACGGCUCAAGGCGCAGGAACGAAUGGUCAGGAUAUUGGAGAAGCCAAAGAAGCUGCCAGAGCUGGGCAUCGGAUGCACCCCAGCGCCGCCGCAGUAUCAAGAGAUCGCGUGCUUCAGGUCGCAGGAGGUGGCCAACCAGGAGUGGAGGCAGUACAUGCAGACGUUGGGGCAGGAGGCCUUCGCAGCACGAGGACUCGAAUGGGCACCCGACCACCCUGCAGCAGGGCGGGCCGAGGAGCCGACAUGGAGGAUCAAGCCGCUAAGUUUCGGUGGUGCCAACGCGCCGCCAGCCGCCAGGGAAGCAGUUUGGUGGAGGUGGCUCGCGAGAACGCUACAGAGCUUGCAAGGGGCUUACGCGAGGCUCAAGACGGCGAGACAUGGCGACAUUCAGAGGCGCCGACAGGAGGAGGCAAUCGCGCAGGAGCACCAGUUCAUCAUCACGCAUCGGAGGACCAAGCACCUCAAUGCAAAGGAGCAGGGGAGGUGGCAGGCCAGGUGCGGACUGCUGGCUGCUGGGCAACUCCGAGGAGCGCAGCAGGAAGCGAAGUUGAAGCAAUGGAUGCAGGAGAGCCAGGACAAGAUGAAGGAGCACGACCAGAAGCUACUCAAGGAGAGGCGAGCCCGCUGGGCAGACAGGUUGCAGGAGGCGGCAGCAAGAGCAGCGGGUGGUCUACACAAGUUGGGCAAGGCUGCAGCAGUAUGGAGACCGCGUAGGGCAGGCUCCAUGGAGGACCCGGCGGAUCCCACCGAGGCAGCUGAGUACACCCUCAAGGAGUGGAAAGUGGUCUGGAGGGUCGGCGAGCAGAUCCAGAAGGUGGAGCGGCCGUGGGAGCGCGAAGAGCGUGACAAGCUCGAGCCCUUCACAGACCAGGACGUCGACAAGCUUAAGGAGGUAGCGCGCACCUUCAGGAAAAAGACGGGGGUCAGAGUCGACAGGCGGCACCCUUCUAUGCUGCAGGGUGCGUCGGACGAGGCCUACGUCAAGCUGUUGGACUUCUACAUGGAGGUGGAGCGGACGCUGCGCUGGCCCAUCCACAUGGGCACUGUGCUAUUCUUCAUGAUCCCGAAGACCUACACCACGGACAGGUGGGCCAAGAAGAACUAUCGGAGCUGGGAUUGCACGAGCUACGGUAAGGCUGCGGAGGACGCGGCCUGGGAAGUGUUGCUCAGCCACGAGAUGGACGAUGCCGAGGAGCAGAGCGAGGAGACGCAGGCGACGGUUACGGCCGUUCUGGACUUGGUAAAGGCUUUUGAGAAGGUCAGCUUGCACGUAUUGUGGGAAGCGGGAAAGCAGCUCAAGUUCAACACAGGGGUGCUAGCUGUGGUGUGCUCAUACUUCGCCAUGACCAGGCGCCUCAUCGUAGGGGACUCAGUGUCCAGUGAGACAGAGACGGUCACCACCAUCAUCGCGGGUAGCAAGUUCUCAGUAUGUUUCCUGAAGAUGGCCAUACAGUCCACGGUGGACGGCCUGGCGGUCGAAAGACCGAGGGCGCGCUGGAGGAUGCACGUGGGCGACCUGUGCGUACGGCUGCGACAGCAGCAUAGGCACAUAGUCACGGAGUUCGGAGAGACGGUUGACAGCUGCUUCCGAGGAUUCGAAGGGCUAGGCCUGAAGUUCUCCGUGGGCAGCAAGGGCAAAGGUGCAGUGAUGGCGAGCACCAAGUGGGCGCGAAGGGCCGUGACAGGGCCGAUGCAGGAGCGAGGUUUGCCAGUGGUGAAGGCAUGCCCAUACUUGGGGGUCGACGUCGUCACGCACGGCACGGCGGUGAAGACCAAGAGCGGCAAAAGGCACGCUGUCAUGAAGGUCAGGAGUCGUAGGCUGCUCGCUCUAAAGGGCGGGCGAAAAAUGACCAGGGGUGUUGGCUUGGUGUACAAGUGUGGCCUGAAGCGCUCGGUUAUGUAUGGAUGCAAGUGCUUGGGCAUGCCAGACCACCAGCUCCGACAGCUACGGCGAGAGGCAGGGCGAUUACUACCAGGGGGUCGAGGAGCCCGCAGCCUCACCUUGCAGCUGGCAGUGGCGCAGGGGGAGCCUACAUACGAGGUCGCAGAGGCGCCCAUAGUGAGGCGGGCGCGGGCAGUAUGGCAUGGCGCACACGACGAGGAUGGAGGAGGUCAAUGGGGCAACAUAGCCACCAUGUUGCAGCAGGCAUGGAGGCGGCAGCAGCAGGAGGUCGGCAUGAAGCCUGCCUGGGCCCGAGUGCGAGGUCCAGCAGGGGCAGUCAUCAUGUCAAUAAGGAGGGCUACGUGGACAUGGCCUGCGUGGCACACUUUCGUCUCAAAAGAGGGUUUCGUGUUGAACAUGCAGGAGGUGUGCCCCAUGGACAUCGCGGCGAUGGUGCGCAAGGACGCGCAGGCAACCCUCUGGGAGGAAUGGACGCAGGCGGAGGAGUUCAAGAGCCUGAGCCCAAUGCCGUUGUUGGCGCCAGCAGUCGCGCAGCUACGUGCACGUGAUUUCCCGAAGCACGCGAGGAAUGCGGCGAAGAAGGUCUUCGUCGGAGGUGCGUGGACUAUGGAGAAGCUGUGCAGGUGCAACAUCGUGCCCACGGACAUUUGCUUGGCCUGUGGAGAGGCGGUGGGCACCGAGCAUCAUCGGUACUACAAGUGCCACGCGCUCAGGGGCCAGGGGUUGCAGGCGCAGGCGGACUGGCAGCGCGCGGCGGAGCAGCAGGACACCAACAUGCUGUGGACGCGCGGGCUGGUGAGGUCGCCAGAGGCGGACUGGAAGUUCGUGGGAAUCGAGGAGGACCAGUGCUACGGACAAGUGGUCGACGGUAAGGAGGACUACUUCACAGGCGACAUCGUCUGCGACGGCUCGAAGCUCGGAUACAGCGACUGGGCGCAUACGGGCUGGGCAGCGAUGUCCCUCAACGACAACGGCACCGCGAAGAUGCAGAUGUGGGGUCCGCUGCCGUGCUCGCUACCGAUCCACAGGAGGGUUAAGAGAGCCGGGAUGUGGGCCUUCCUCAAGGUGCUGGAGCGAAUGUUGCCGCCAGGACAAGUCUACACGGACCACAAAGGCAUAGUGGAGGGCUUGCAGAGAGGAGAGCGGUGGUGCACGAGCUGGAAGCGCCCACACGCAGACCUGUGGCGAAGGAUCUGGCAUAAGGUGAAGGACCUGGACCUUGACAUUCAUUGCGUGAAGCACGUGAAGGCCCACAGGUCCAAGAGCAGGAUCGGGCAGCUCGAGGGUGAGGACCUGAAGAUUGCGAAGGGCAACAGCGAGGUGGACCUGCUGGCAAAGGUGGGCGCGGAGAUGGACGCACACUGCGGCAAGCACCAAGCGCUGGAGGACCUUGCAGGGCGAGCACGUUGGGCGCUGCAGAACAUUGGUUGGCGGUACCAGAAGAUGGGCGGUACGUGGCCAGACGUGCCGCCCAAA